ACGCCUUGAAUGCAACAUUGACCACAAGACAAACAUGGCGACCUCCAUCGGCAUGAUGGUAAGAGUUGGAGGCGCUGCACUGACUGUGUUUAAACCGGUAGCUAGACAAUGUUCAAGGCAGAGGACAAGUGUGUUCAUCCCGCAUCGCUUUUCGCAUGGAGCCCGGAGCAGUUUGUACGAGCAUGUCCGUGAAGGUUACAGUGACAAGCCCGAGCUGGACAUGAGAGCAGUGUGUGAGGAGACCGACAAAGUCAUAGCAAACGUAGAGAGCAGGAAGGGUGACCUGCGAGGGGACGAUGUCAGGAAAAUUGUAUGUGUGUGGCAGGAGCUCCAGGCAGUGCAGACAGAAAUCUCUGGGCUGGAGGAGCAGAAGAAACACAUCAGUGACACAGUCAAAGCAGUAGUGGCCAAGAACGACAAGAAAGCCCUCGCUAAUCUUCCAGAGUACACCCAGGCUCUGCAGAAGGGUCGAGAGAUCCGCAACAGACUCAAUCAACUUUACCCCAAAGAGACUGAGCUGGAACGGGAACACUACGGACGAGCGCUCAGACUGCCCAACACCACACACCCUGAUGUGCCAGUUGGAGAUGAGAGCCAGGCGAGGGUGGUGGAGCUGGUUGGACAGAAACCAGAGUUUGACUUCAAGCCCAGAGGCCAUGUGGAGCUGGGGGAGGAGUUGGGUCUCAUCAGGCAGAGACAUCUAGCUCAUGUCUCAGGCCACAGAUCCUACUAUCUGAGGGGAGCAGGGGCCCGACUUCAGACUGCACUCCAAAACUUUGCCCUUGACACACUGCAGCGACGGGGUUUCAUUCCCAUGGUUGUACCUGACAUGCUGAAGGGGGCAGUAUUUGAGGGUUGUGGGAUGCAGCCCAACGCCCAUCGCUCUCAGGUCUAUUCACUGGACCCGGCCUGUUUCCCAGACCUCAACCUGGCUGGGACUGGAGAGGUCGGGGUGGCAGGCUAUUUCAUGGAUCACGCAGUAAACUGGAAGGACCUGCCUGUCAGGACAGUGUGCAGCAGCACCUGCUACAGAGCAGAGACAGACACAGGCAGAGAGACAUGGGGGCUCUACAGAGUACAUCACUUCAACAAGGUAGAGAUGUUUGGAGUGACAGCAGGUGAGACAGGAGAAGAGAGCGCUCAGCUGCUGGAGGAGUUUGUCUCUUUGCAGAAAGAGAUGUUCUCUGCACUGGAACUACACUACAGAGUGCUGGACAUGCCGACACAGGAACUGGGUCCUCCAGCACACAGGAAGUAUGACAUUGAAGCAUGGAUGCCUGGGAGGAACAGCUAUGGAGAGAUUUCCAGUGGGUCCAACUGUACAGACUACCAAAGCAGACGCCUCAACAUCCUGUAUGAGAGAGAGGAUGGCAGCCUACAGUUCGCCCACACAGUGAAUGCUACAGCAUGUGCCAUCCCCCGAACCAUCAUCGCUAUCCUGGAGACUCACCAGACCAAAGAGGGAACAGUGCGUGUCCCCCGAGCCCUGCAGCCUUAUUUCGGUCUAGAAGUGAUCGAGAAGCCAAAGUACGCUCCACUGAAAUACAUCGGACCCAACCAGCACAGUCGACCACCCAGGCCUGCUCCCAAGACCAGAUGACACAAAUACAAAUGUAGUGCUGUAAAGUCAGCCAUCGUCCACAAACGCCUGAGGUGGGAGCCAGUUCACAUUCAACACCACCAAGUCAUUGUGUUGGAUGUCUGUUUACAAGUCGUUAAUAAUCUCCAUUGUUCUUCAAAUUCAAUGAAAUAAAGUCUGACUUUUUGAGUUGAGUUUGUUUUGAGGAGAUGGAACAGACCUUAACCUUGCAGUUUAGUGUCACUGUAAAUAUAUUUAUGUCUUAUUUUGUCAAAUGCCAUGAAAGUGUGAAUGUAAGCCUGAAUGUGUGCGAUCAGCUCAUGAGGAGGACCAUAAUAAAGAAAUAAUUAUUUCUGUCUCGUGUA